CCCCCCCCCCCUAUCAGAUCUCGAUCUGGAACUUUCUUUGCUGUCUCUCUACUCCCAAAGUUGCAAUCUGGCGAAGAUCUGAGGUGUUUUUCGGGUUCGGGCAUUGGCCGGGGUUUAUUACCCAUGACAACAUCCCUAACCCAACCUCUCAAGCUCUUAUCUUGUUACAUGGAGAAUUCUCCUCCCUCAAUCGCUCGAAAGUUGAUCAAGGAGUCAAAGCUAUCAAGAGUUUUCAGUCGGAAGAUACAAAGCGUAGACUAUGCUCCAUUAGUACAAAACUUAAGCCAAAGAACAUUGCCUGAUGUAGCUUAUGAGAUCUUUAUCCAAUCGAAAUCAGAUAACUUGUUGCCAAAUUACCGAACACUUUGUGCUCUUAUGCUUUGUUUUGCUGAAAAUGGGUUUGUUAAUCGAGCACGUACGAUUUGGGAUGAGAUGUUGAACAGCUCUUUGGAGCCUGAUCUCAUUUUUAUAUCAAAGCUUAUUUCUGCUUAUGUGAAGGUUGGUUCUUUAGAUGAAGUUGCUAAGAUCAUCAAGGAUGUAGAAGCAAGGUACUCUAAGCUGCUUCCCUCUGUGUAUUCACUUGCUGUGUCCUGUUUUGGAGAGAAUGGUCAGUUUGAAUUGAUGGACGGAAUUAUAGAGGAAUUGGAUAUAAGGGGAAUGCCGUUAGAUUCCGCCACUGCCAAUGCGAUUGUUAGACACUAUAGUUCUUUUGGUACUUUAGAUAAGAUGGAGCAUGCUUAUGGCCGGCUUAGGAAGUUUGGAAUUGUGAUAGAGGAUGAAGAGAUAAGAGCUGUGUUGCUAGCAUACUUAAAACUAAGGAAGUUUUAUCGGCUACGUGAGUUUUUGUCAGAUGUUGGUCUUUGUAGAAGAAACCUUGGGAAUCUGUUGUGGAAUUCUGUAUUACUUUCAUAUGCAGCUGACUUUAAGAUGAAAAGCUUGCAGAGAGAGUUUAUUGGAAUGCUUGAUGCGGGUUUCUCUCCUGACCUUACCACGUUUAACAUUCGUGCCCUUGCGUUUUCUAGAAUGGCUCUUUUUUGGGAUUUACAUCUCACUCUUGAACAUAUGAGACGUUUGAACAUUGUUCCAGAUCUUGUGACUUUCGGAUGUGUGGUUGAUGCAUACAUGGAUAGGCGACUAGCAAGAAAUUUGGAGUUUGUGUACAACCGAAUGAACUUGGACGACUCUCCUGCUGUCUUAACUGAUCCACUUGCAUUUGAAGUACUGGGGAAAGGGGAUUUCCAUCUUAGCUCAGAAGCUGUUUUGGAGUUCAGUCCACGGACAAAAUGGACGUAUAGAAAGCUAAUUGGAGUUUAUCUCAAGAAGAAGUUGCGCACAUGGCAUAUGCAGUAUCAAUAUUUUCUAUUUUGUGUUAAUUGUGAAUCACUAUAUUUAUGA